AUGGCUACCAAAUUCCUCAUUUCGCGACCUGGAACAAAUCGGUUUCACAAUCAAAGCGUUUCCUCAGUGCCGAGCUCAGGUGUUCAUGGACAAGAUGUCGCAGCUUCUCUUAACCAAGACACUCGCAUUCCCGCCACAGUUAUCACCGGAUUCCUCGGUUCUGGAAAGACAACUCUGUUAAAUCAUAUUUUGACUUCAAAUCAUGGGAAGCGUAUAGCAGUCAUAGAAAAUGAGUUUGGGGAGGUUGAUAUCGAUGGAGCUCUGGUUGCGAGCCACUCUUCUGCCUCUGAUGAUAUUAUCAUGGUCAACAAUGGUUGCUUAUGCUGUACUGUUCGUGGUGAUUUAGUCAAAAUGCUUCUUGAGUUGGUUAAGUAUAAACGAGACAGAUUUGACCAUAUUGUCAUCGAAACUACAGGGCUUGCGAAACCUGGUCCUGUCAUUGAAACGUUCUGCAGUGAUGAAUUGCUUCCUAGAUAUAGAAAGUUAGAUGGCGUUGUUACACUUGUUGAUUCUAAACACGCCAUGCGGCAUUUGAAUGAAGUGAACCCGAGAUUUGUUGUCAAUGAGGCAGUUGAACAAAUUGCUUAUGCUGAUCGUAUAGUUUUGAAUAAGAUUGAUUUGGUAUCCGAGCCUGAGUUGGAGCACUUAACUAAAAGAAUCAAGAAAAUCAACUCUAUGGCACCCAUCAAACACACCAAAUUUGGAGAUGUUGAUAUGGAUUUUGUCUUAGGGAUUGGAGGUUAUGAUCUUGAGAGAAUUGAUUCAGAAGUCAAUGCAGAUGGCUUGAGUUGUGCAGAGGAUCAUGAUCAUCAUCACCAUCAAUUCAGUCAUGGAAAGCACAAAGAACAUCGACAUGAUCUUGUUCAUGACUCUGCUGUCACAAGUGUUAGCAUAGUUUCCGAAGGAAUUCUUGAUCUUGAUGAGGUUGACGAUUGGUUAGAAAGAUUGAUCGAAGAAAAAGGCGAUGAUUUAUACAGAAUGAAAGGUGUUCUCUCCAUCGAGAGCUCUGAUCAACGUUAUAUUUUCCAGGGAGUCCAUUCGACGUUAGACGGAUGCCCAGGCAAAUCAUGGGAACCCGAAGAGAAGCGGAUAAACAAACUUGUGUUUAUUGGAAGAAACUUAGAUGAGACCAUUCUCAGGAAAGGCUUUAAAGGUUGUCUAAUAUAAAAAGGAAAGAAGAACUCAGAUGCAGGGUCCAUGUUUUGAUUCUAAUUUUCUACAGAUAACACAUCUUAGUUGAUAGAGAGUACACAGACGUACUUGAAACAUGGAAUGACGUUUAGCUAGCAGGUUAUGCCAAAACGUACCGGGUUUCCAAAAGGCCUUGUCAGAACAUAUAAACGUGUACUUCAUUCUCCUGUUUAAGCGACAUAGGAAUAUUUCAUGCUGGCAUCUAGGUGUCAGUAUGACAGUACUGUGUCACGGUGCUCGUUUGAGAAUCGAAUGAGUCAGUCACUCCUGUUCUCCUUCAGACAAACCAAAUGGAAUGUGAUUAUUGUACAUGAGUUUGAUGUUUGACAGCUCUUAUCUUACUCUUACGUUUCUUGUUCUUCUUUUUUUAGUUAUUAUCAUUUCUUCUUUUGUUGAGCCGUAGU